AUGAAUCGAAGUUUUAGGGCUCAGGACUCGCAGCAAAUGCAACAGCUGCAAAUGCAAGCGGCGGUGGUGAAGCAGAGGCAGCAGUUGAGGGCUUCCAUGAUGAAGGAGAAGGAAGAGGAGCUCGCCUUGUUCUUGGAAAUGAGGAAGCGGGAGAGGGAGCACAACAGCAAUCUUCUCCUGCUCAAUGAGGCCGGCGAUUUUGAUGCGCCGUUAGGUUCAAAGCCGGGGACGUCGCCGAUAUUCAACAUCCCGUCGUCGACUCCGGCGAGGAAAACCGGUGGUGAUGAUUUUCUCAACUCGGACAACGAUAAGAAUGACUACGACUGGCUUCUAACGCCUCCUGGAACCCCUCUUUUCCCUUCCUUGGAGACGGAAUCGCAAAAGACUGUUAUGAGUCAGAUUGGCACUCCAAAGGCUCGCCCUACUGCACUCAAGUCUAGGUUAGCAAAUAACCAGCCUGAGAGCACAGCUGGUGGCAACUUGCUAUCCAGACAAUCAGCUUCCUCCCCUGGGUUGAAUUCUUCUACCAUUGGGAUCCGUAGGCCGUCGUCAUCCAGUGGACCUGGAUCAAGGCCUGGUACGCCAACCGGGCGCUCAACAUUGACAACAUCAUCUAAACCUGCUAGAUCUUCAACACCUACCUCCCGAGCAAGCUUGCCUUCGUCUAAGCCCACUCUUAGGUCGAGCUCCGCUGUAGCUAAGCCAACUGGUCCUCCUCCAGCUAGAUCAACAACAGCUUCAGCAACCAAGCCUACAGUUCCUGCGAGAUCCUCUACACCAACAAGGUCGACACCGAGAUCUUCAACACCAACAAGGUCGACAGCAAGAUCUUCAACACCAACAGCAAGACCCUCUAUACCACCACCUCAACCCAGGCCAGCUUCAAGGCCGGCAACUCCAACUCGAAGACCAUCAACCCCAUCUAGUGCACCUCCAGGGAGUAGAUCCUCCGCGCCACCACCACCAAUCAAAUCGUCAUCUGCUUCAGUCGUUACCAAGUCAGUUCCUACAUUAUCCAGAAAUCCAGUGCCGUCAUCACGUGGAAGUUCCCCAGCACCCAAGUCCAGGCCAUGGAAGCCUUCGGACAUGCCUGGCUAUUCACUAGACGCCCCGCCAAAUUUAAGGACCUCAAUAUCAGAUAGACCCACUUCAGCUUCCAGGGGGAGACCUGGAGCACCAGCUUCUCGAUCUUCCUCUGUGGAGCCGGUUGCCAAUGGAAGAAUAAGAAGGCAGUCAUGCUCGCCUUCACGAGGACGUGCCCCUGAUGGCAACAGCGGGGGAUCUGUUCCUGCAGGGAGUCGCUUGUAUGCAAAAGCUAAUGACAGUGUGAGCCCUGUCCUCAUGGGGACCAAAAUGGUUGAGAGGGUGAUAAAUAUGAGGAAACUAGCUCCCCCUUCUAAACAAGAUGACAAUAGACAUUCUCCGCAUGGUAACUUAUCGGCUAAGUCUUCAUCACCGGAUAGCUCAGGUUUUGGAAGAACUCUGUCCAAGAAGUCUCUGGAUAUGGCCAUCAGGCAUAUGGAUAUAAGGAGAACCAUUCCAGGUAAUCUGCGCCCAUUGAUGACUAACAUUCCAGCAUCAUCAAUGUACAGUGUUAGAUCAUCAGGCCCUCCACGAAGUGGCAGAACUAUCAGCGUUUCGGACUCACCUCUUGCAACAAGCAGUAAUGCUAGUUCUGAGCUGAGUGUCAACAACGGUGGUCUCUCCUCCAUGGAAUUGGAGGAUGAUAUUGGUGGGAUCGAAAGACAUGGCCGUUCUCCAAUUCGAGGCAGGUGA